AUGGCGAUGCAGCAGCAGCAGCACAAGCAGCAGGAACGGUGCACGAGGGAGAAGGUGCCGGCGGUGGGGAGGGUGGCGAUCAUCGGCGGCGGGAUCAGCGGGCUGGCGGCGGCGAAGCAGCUGGCGGGGCACGACCCGGUGGUGUUCGAGGCGACGGCGUCGAUCGGCGGGGUGUGGAAGCACUGCGUGUACCGGUCGACGCGGCUGCAGACGCCGCGGCCGGACUACGAGUUCUCCGACAUGCCGUGGCGCAACCGCGACGACCCCACGUUCCCGACCCACGGGGAGAUCAUCGACUACCUCGAGGACUACGCCGACAAGUUCGACCUGUGGCGCUACAUCAUGCUCGGCGCCAAGGUCGUCGGCGUCAAGUUCCUCGGCGGCCCCGCCGCCGGCUUCACCGAGCUCUGGAGCGGCACCGGCGAGCCCCUCCAGGGCAAGCCCAUGUGGGAGGUCGGCGUCUCCACCUCCGACUCCGACGACGAUGUCCAGUGGUACAAGUUCGAGUUCGUGGUGAUGUGCACGGGGAAGUACGGCGACGUGCCGAGGAUGCCGGUGUUCCCGCCGGGGAAGGGGCCGGAGGUGUUCAAGGGGCAGGUGAUGCACUCGCUGGACUACUGCAAGCUCAACGAGCAGGAGACCGUCGAGCUGAUGCGAGGCAAGAAGGUCGUGGUGGUUGGCUACAAGAAGAGCGCUAUUGAUCUAGCCCUUGAAUGCGCCCAAGCCAACCAAGGUGAGGGAGGGCAGGCAUGCACGAUGCUGGUGAGGACGCUGCACUGGGUGGUGCCGUCCUACUCGAUCUGGGGCUUGCCUUUCUUCCUCUUCUACUCGACUCGCUUCUCCCAGCUCUUCUACGAGAGGCCCAACCAGGGCGUCCUCAGAUCUCUCCUCUGCCGCCUCAUGGCUCCACUGAAGGCGGGGGUGUCAAAGUUCAUCGAGUCGUACCUGUCAUGGAAGCUGCCGCUGAGCGAGUACGGGCUGAGGCCGGAGCACCCGUUCGUGGAGGACUACGCGAGCUGCCAGAUGGCCAUCCUGCCCGACGGCUUCUUCGACAUGGCCGGCCGCGACCUGAUCCGCUUCAGGCGGUCGGCCGGCGGGUGGUGCUUCUCCGAGAACGGCGUCGUCCUCGACGACGGCACCGAGGUGGAGGCCGACCUCGUCUUCCUCGCCACAGGCUUCGAGGGCAAGGACAAGCUCCGCUCCGUCCUCCCCGAGCCCUUCCGCGGCCUCGUCGUCAACAAGUCCGCCAUGAUGCCCCUCUACCGGGGGACGAUCCACCCGCUGAUACCGAACAUGGCGUUCGUGGGGUACGUGGAGAGCGUGUCGAACCUGCACACGUCGGAGCUCCGGUGCCGGUGGCUGGCGGGGCUGCUGGGCCGGCGGUUUCCGCUGCCGGCCGUGGAGGAGAUGGUGCGGCACGUCGACGGCGAGACGGAGGCGAUGCGCCGCACCACGCGCUUCUACCGCCGCCACUGCAUCUCCACCUACAGCAUCCACGACAGCGACGCCAUGUGCGCCGACCUCGGCUCGCGCGUCCACCGCAAGCCCAACUGGCUCGCCGAGCUCUUCGCGCCAUACAACAACCAGGAUUACAAGGAAGAGUAG